AUGGUUGUCCUCAAUAUCUGGCUGCUGUUGUGCAGCCUCCCUUUCCUAUAUAUCACUUACAUCGCUCUGAACCGAACACACAGAUUGUUCAUCAACUACCGUGCGGCACAGAAGUUCGGCAUACCCAUCAAGAUCCUUCCGUUCAAUCGACAGGACAACGUUUGGCUCUUCACAUGGCGGUACUUCUACCGCUUAAUCAAAGCCCUCCCCUUCGGGUUGGGAUCCUGGAUUGACUACUCCUUCCACGGCUGGAACGUGAACAUCCGCUUCAAACCCCACGAGGAUCUCGGCGACGUCUUCUGCUUCGUCACGCCCAACCAGAAUGAGAUCACCUUCAUUGAUCCGCUGGCCGGCCUGGAGCUCGAGGCCAAGUACAAAACGUGGCACAAGCCGCAGCAGCACUACCACAUCUUCGACCUGUAUGGUAGAAACCUCCUGACUGCCAAUGGCGACGAAUGGCAGAGACACAGGAAGAUCACGAGCCCGGCCUUUCGUGAGGUCAACUACAAGCUCGUGUGGAACGAGGCAUUGCAGCAAGCUGGGAAGAUGUUCAGGAUAGCCAGGCAACGAUCGCAGGGCCAAGGUCACAAUCUGAUGGAGGACGUACGGAAUGAUUGCAUCAUCAUGGCCAUGCAUGUUCUGUCUGCCGUAGGGUUUGGCCACAGAUACGACUUCGAAACCGGCCUCCGCCAAAUCCCUCCCGGACACAGGGUCAGCUUCUCGGCAACAAUGUGGUUCAUAUUCACCAGAUUCCUGCGGAUUGUCGCAUUCCGCCACGUGAAGUUGCCGCCAGCAUUGACGCCUCGUUGGCUCCAAGAUAUCAAAGUCCAUCUGGACGAGUUCAAGCAAUACAUGGACGAGGCUAUUGACCGACAACGGAAGUCAGGACAAUCCCAUCUCGGUUCGGGGGCGGACUUGAUCAACGCUUUCAUCCAGGCGAACGAGGUGGCCAAAUCUGAGGACAAGAAUCUGCUAACUCCGGCGGGUAAACGCUCGUACCUGUCAGACAGUGAGCUUUACGGCAACAUGUUCAUCCUGAACCUGACCGGUUUCGAGCCUCCGGCAAACGCAGCCAUGCAUGUCCUUCCUUUCCUCGCUGCUCAUCGAGAAGUGCAGGACUGGGCAGGUGAGGAGGUGGACGCUGUGAUCGGUGAGGUCGGCACGCUGGAGUAUGAAGAGGUCUUCCCGCGCCUGUUAAGAUGUCAAGCAGUUCUGUAUGAAACGCUUCGCUUCUGGGGCCCUCUUGGUGAUACCACUCGGAUAUGUCUGAACGAACCACAAGUUCUCGGUGUGGGAGGCCGUGAUUUGCUUAUUCCGCCAGGUGUCCAUGUCAACUGGGACUUUGCGGGAUCUCAGACUGAUCCAAGAUGGUGGGGACAGGAUGCGAUGGAGUGGCGUCCCCAGCGAUGGAUCAGCGUGGAUCGAGUAACGGGCUGUGAAGGAUUUGGUGCUCCUUCAGGGGAAGGUGAGAUGGCCUUCAACGCUUGGUCGGGAGGACCACGAGCUUGUCCUGGCAAGAAAUUCAGUCAAGUCGAGAUUGUGGCCAUGAUUGCAACAUUGUUGAGGUCGUACCGUUUGAAGCCGAUGACAGUGCCAGGGACCAAGAUGAGGACUGAGGAGGACGCACGAAGGGAGUUGCUGAGUGUGACAAACGACCUUGAAUUGCCUAUCAGAGUGAAGGCGGAGAGGUUGCGAGAUACCGGCAUUGUCUUUCUUGAUCGAUGA